CCGGUUUCCGCGUAAUAUAAAACAACCCUUUACUUCGCCCCCAGGCUCCGCGAUUCCCAUCGGCCGCUAGGGUUCUCGGAAGACAUCCAGGUGACGCCACGAGAGCUCAAGGCCGGUCUCAAACCAGAAAACAGGCUGGCCUGAAAAUAUUGUAAGAUUUUCAAUAUGUCAGGUUUGUGUUAAUCUAUGGCCAGAUCCAACCCAAACCACUUGCAGCCGUCAUCUAUGUUUGGAAGCAAACUAGGCGGUGGCAAGUUUCUUUCCAAGUUCAGAUCAGGUGCGUCUGGUUGCCAACCAUAUGAUUUAGCACCAGUACUUUUGUGUGUGGAGUUCGUUCAUUAUGUGAAUUUGAAAUUCGGUACAUAUUAAUAGAGAAAUGGCAGAUUCAGUGGUAUCAAGUUUCUGGGGUCCGGUAACAUCCACUGUUGAGUUGUGUGAGAAAAACUAUACCCAUUCGUCAUAUAUUGCAGAAUUUUACAACACUAUAUCCAAUGCGCCGUGCAUACUUUUGGCACUCGUUGGACUUAUAAAUGCCUUACGACAACGCUUUGAGAAAAGAUUUAGUGUUCUUCAUAUAUCCAACAUGAUUCUUGCCAUCGGGAGCAUGAUAUUUCAUGCCACAUUACAGCAUGUACCUUCCACAGCUACAGGGUGGAACUAUACGAACUAAUAUAUUUAUCCCCAAGCUAUGUUGGCCCGGCUGGAGGGAGCAAGGAAGGUAUUUUGCUGGUGAAGCCUCAACAUGAUGCAGCUGGGGUGAUAUAGUUCUGUUGGCAUUGAUACCUCUAUUCUUAGUUUCAGUAUUUACUUUGUAAAAUUUUUCUGAAGCUCCAGUUGCUGAAAGAAAAGAAGCUACCUAUCCUGCUUUAUACAUGCAUGGUUUCAGGUUAUUUUAUGAGAUCAACAUGCUAUUAAGUCAAAUGAAGUUAUGGGGGAGAUCAGAUUAGUUAUUAUUUCCUUUGAGUACGUGGACGGUAAAUCAUUAUUCGAAGAUGACUUCGUUUAGGCUUGUAGUAGUGGUGGCCAAGGGUAAUAUUGGUAACCAGCUACUUUUAACUAAGUGUUUGCAAGGGCUGAUAUGCAAUUUUCCUGGUGAAAGUAUUCAUUUUCAUAGACUACAACAGAGUGAUGAGACACCAAUGGUAUGGGAGAUGCUGCUUUACCUUUAUGUCCUCUACUCACCGGACUGGCAUUAUAGGAGUACCAUGCCUACUUUCCUGUUCCUCUAUGGUGCUGCCUUUGCCGUGGCCCAUUCACUGGUGCGUUUUCGAAUAGGAUUCAAGGUGCACUACAUCGUACUGUGUCUUCUCUGUGUUCCUCGGAUGUACAAAUACUACAUUCAGACUAAAGAUGUUGCAGCUAAGCGGCUGGCCAAACUCUAUGUGGCAACAAUAUUUUUGGGGACUCUAUGCUGGUUGUUUGACCGCAUCUUCUGUAAGAAACUUUCACAUUGGUACAUGAACCCACAGGGUCAUGCCUGGUGGCAUGUACUUAUGGGAUUCAACUCAUACUUCGCAAACGCAUUCCUCAUGUUUUGCCGUGCUCAGCAACUGGGAUGGAAACCCCAGGUCGUCCACCUUUUUGGUUUCCCCUAUGUGAAGAUUCAGAAACCGAAAAAAAAGGGAGUGACAGCAAGGUAGAAAGAUUUCUCGAGGUGCUUGAUGCUGGUUUCUUUUUUGAUUCUGGAAACAAAUUGUGCGAAUUUUGCAUGCGAGCUAGUAGAGACAUUUUGUAUGUUGGACAUCAGUGAUCCAAGUUUUGAUGUUUUGACUGAUUUCGUUAGUUUUCGACCUAAACUGGCGUUUUCUAUGUAUCAUGCUUAAUUGUUCAAUCUGUGGAGAUGGGCUGGAUCCAUGAUCUUUUGUUUUCUUUUUCGAUGCACAAUAUGUAGUCUCCUGAUUGUAGAUUUAAAAUUAAAUUCAAUUUCUUUUUUUUUUUUC